AUGCACCCAACAAAGCGAUAACUCCAGUCAUGGCCUCCACCCUCUUAACCUCUAAACAUGUAACCUACAUCCAGUCCCUCGAUACCAAGCGUAACCACCUAGACUACCACCUAACCUCGCACCUCCGCCUCUCAGGCAUCUACUGGGGUCUUACCUCCCUCCACCUCCUCAACAACCCAACAGCUCUCCCCCGUUCCGAGACCAUCACCUUUGUGAAGUCCUGCUACCACCCUUCCUCCGGUGGCCUCAGCGCCUCUCCCGGGCACGACCCACACCUCCUAUACACCCUCUCAGGCAUUCAAAUACUCGCCACCAUAGACGCACUCGAUGAGAUCGACGGUGGUAAGGUUGUCGAAUACGUCUCUAAGCUACAGAAUCCCGACGGAAGCUUCUCGGGUGACGAAUGGGGGGAGGUGGAUUCUAGAUUCGUCUACUGUGCGUUGAGUACGUUGUCGUUGCUCGGGAGGUUGGGUGAUGCGCCCGGGGUCUCGGUGGGGGGGGCAGUGGAGUUUGUGCUUAGGUGUUUAAACGCUGAUGGAGGGUUUGGGAUGGCGCCGGCGGCCGAAAGCCAUGCCGGACAGAUAUUCACCUGUAUUGGAGCAUUGAAGAUUGCAGGGGUUGUUGAGAAGUCGUUGUCGGAAGAUCAGCUUAACCUACUGGGGGACUGGCUGUGCGAGAGGCAGCUGCCGAAUGGAGGGCUUAAUGGGCGACCGGAGAAACUGGAAGAUGUGUGUUACUCCUGGUGGGUGUUGAGCAGUAUGGCUAUGAUUGGGAGGUUACAUUGGAUCGAUAGGGAGAAGCUAGUCGAGUUUAUACUUUCUUGCCAGGACGAAGAGAAUGGAGGGAUUGCCGAUAGGAAGGGUGAUGUCGCGGAUGUUUUUCACACAGUUUUUGGAAUUGCUGGCUUGAGUUUGUUGGGUUAUGAGGGACUCGGAGAGGUUGAUCCUGUUUAUUGUAUGCCGAAGG